UGCUGUACGGGGAACAUGUUCGGUGUGCGCGCAGACCAAGAUUGGGUCGGCUUGGACGACGCGCCAGCGACGGACUCAUCCGGGACUGUGCCGACAUGGCGCGAAAACAUGACCGCCGCCAUGUGUGCUAUUCCAUUGCCGAGCUUCCCGUUCUCAUACCAAGACGAGAACUUCGUGGUUGCCGCCCUCUUCUGUGCCGUCGAGGAGGGAAACUACGCCGGCCUGGAGGAGCUCUUCUCGAUGUCCCACAUCAACCCCAACCAAAGCAACAAGCAUGGGGAGACAGCCGUCCACAUCGCAGCAGGCCUGGCCCAAUUGCAGAUACUCAAGCUGCUGCACUCAAAGGGAGCCAACCUGAAGCUUUCAGACAGCCAUGGGGACAGUGCCAUGUACUGGGCAGCCCGGCAGGGUCACACGGACGUGAUCCAGUACCUGUGGGAGAACGGAGUCUCGGUCGACUGCCAAAACAAGUCGGGCGAGACUGCCCUGCAUGUUGCCGCCCGCUACGGUCACCACCCAGCGGUCAAGCUUCUUUGCUCCUUUGGUGCCAACAUUAAUGUGACUGACGAGCAUGGAGACACGGCUUUGCAUAUCGCAGCAUGGCACGGCUUUCCAACAAUUAUGCAUGUUCUGUGCGAAGCAGGAGCCCACACACACCUUCGGAACAAGGAAGGUGAAACUCCAAUCCAUACAGCAUCGGCUAGGGGCCACCUUGAAAGUGUCCGCUGCCUCCUUGAAGCUGGUGCUGACCCUGACCUUUUAGACAAGCAUGGUUGCACAGCCCUCCACUUGGCUUUGAGGAGGCACCAUGUCUCCGUGGCUCUGCUCCUUCUUCACAAUGGCUGCCAAACUGAUGUCGUCGACAAUCAUGGGGAGACUGCAAUCCACGUGGCUGCUCGUGAUGGCCUGCUAUCCGUAGCCCAGACACUAUGUGCCUUUGGAUGCAAAGUUGAUGUGCCAAACAAGGCUGGGUUGUAUCCUCUGCACCUUGCUGCAAAAAAUGGCCACACCGAAAUUGUGCGCUGUCUGUGCCUCGCCGGCUGCAAUGUCGAUCAAAAGAACAGGGAUGGAAUACCAGCGGAGAUCACUGCGCUUGCUCAAGGCCACAGUUCUAUAGGUGACCUGCUGAAUCGACUGAGGAAUGAGCAACUGAAGGAAGAGUACAUAGCUCAAAUGAUACCGGGGACUCAGCCGCUCUCUCGGAUAAAGCUCAAGGUGCUUGGACACAGUGGUGUGGGAAAAACAACAAUGCUGGAGUCACUGAAGUGUGGAUACUUCAGCAGCUGGUUUCGACGCUCCAAGACGUCUCCUACAUCACCAAGGCCAAAGUCAACGUCGGGACCUCACAGCAGCCGAUCCAGCACCCCAGCGAUGGACGAGUACACCAUCGACACAGACAGUGAGAACAACAUUAGAACUGCUGACCUCAAUGAAGCCAGCGACAUGAACGACUACAAGAAAGCGAUCACACCUCCCGCUCUCCUCAUCUCCAGCUGUGCGGAUAUGAUGAGCAACUCGCAGCCAUUGUUUUACGAGACUACAAAUGCCAACUACACGCAUGGCGUCGAUGUGCAGCAGGUAACUGUGUCUGGUGUCGGUGACCUGAGCAUAUGGGAGUUCUCGGGACAUGAGCCAUACCUGAUGCUGUACGACCACUUUGUGGGCAAUGCCCACUGCCUUCACUUAGUUGUGUUCAGCCUUGCUGAACCUGUGCACACCCAGAUCAGGCAGGUCUCCUUCUGGCUAGCUUACCUGCAGGCAAGGGCGCCACCUGUUGAACCCUUGGGAAUGGGAGGAAAAAGUGCCUCACCCCUCAGAGUGGCGCUGGUGGCCACCCACGCGGACGUCUGCGCGAGCAACGCCAACAGGAACCAAAACUGUGAUGUGCUGCAGCAGCAGAACAAUGCCGAAGCCGAUGCAAAGAUCGUCCUAGCAGCUGCACGAGAACGCUUCCAGCACGUUUUCGACCUGCAUGAGACAGUGUUUGUCGUGGACGCCCACGUUGUUGGUUCGCAAAGUAUGAAGUCUCUCAAGCAAUACCUCUCCAACAACAGAGCCAAAAUUGUGCAGAACCUUCCCAAGAGCACCGGCUUUCUGGAAUCGAUGGUGGGACACCUUCCCAAUUGGAGAAAAUCAUCGCCGUCGUUUCCAGUGCUUACCUGGCGCCAGUUUAUGGAUAUGGUGCACAUACAAGUGAACCCUCUGGCGGGGGAAGAACACAUGCGUGAGCUUAUCCACCAGCUCCAACUAAUGGGAGAGGUGCUGUACACAAAAUCAGAAACGGAGGACAUGGUCGUGCUCAAUCCUAAAUGGCUCUGCAGUUCUGUCAUUGGAGAGCUGCUUUCCCAGGAACACCUUGAGAAAGCACGCGUGACUGGCUGCUACACCGUGGAAGAUUUCCAGUUUGCCUUCCCAGACACAGAUGCUAUAGACCUCUUGCAGGUGCUGGAAAACCUCAAGAUGUGCACGAAGUGUGACAAUGACGGUGAUGUGGAAUACGAAUUUCCAUGCUACAAUUUGGUUGAAACUCUGGAAGGCCUGUGGGACCCUUCGGAUCCACGUUACACCCAAGGCGUGUAUUGUGGUGUGCACGUCAUUCCAUUUGAUGACUUUCCACACAUUCUGGCCAUAAUCUUUACCAGGAUACAGGUUCAGCUGCGACGUGCAUCAAUGGAACAUGCAGAUUCAGAUAGUGAUCUGUACCAAUGGCUGCGGGGCAGCAAGUUUUGCAGCGGAGCGCUGGAGGGAAUGCUCACACUAGUUGACAAUGACAGUGCUUUAGAAGUGAAGGUGCGUGGUCCACGUGGUUCAUCUUCAAGCUGUUUCUACUUCCUGGAGGACCUGCUGAUGGUUGUUGACGACGUGCUAGGUGAAGUAUGUCCCGGUGCGCAGUUCGAGCGACACCUGCUGAGCGCCGCUGACCUGCGGCACCACUCACAGACUCCGGCUCGGUACCCAGCACGCCUCGUCAUGCGCGCCAUGCUCAAUGAUGGCGGCCUGCACGCCCAAGUGCUGCAUCCGCAGACCGGCAUGCCCGAAUCGGCGUGCGACCUCCUUUGCUGCCGUGACGUGGCGACGGCCGCGUCGCUCGUCUGCGGGCCGGACACUCACGCAUCGCAGCUUUCGCUGCUGACGCGCCAGAGGCUGGGCGCCGCACUCGAUCCGCCCGAGAAGCUGGGACGGGACUGGUGCCUCCUGGCGGUGCAAUUGGGCAUGACCGAGCGUCUCCCCGAGUUGGACCCGGAGUCCAAGGAGUCCGGCGUGCUGGCGACUUCGGGCAAGAGCCCCAUCGCGAGGGUGCUUGGGGAGUGGACUCUGGUGAUGGACAGUACCAUAGGGCAUCUCGCUCGUGCGUUGGAUGAACUGGGCAGGGGAGACGCGGCGGACAUUGUGCUGGGGACGUCGCCGCUCGUCAAGGUAGCGGUCACCGCAGCGCCCGUGUCACCUGUGUCGCCGACGGUGGGCAGGCACGACGUUGACGCCAGGGUGGCGGCGGCCGUUUCGGCAGCUUCGAGUUCGAACAUUUCGCGUUAGUGCCUAUAGUUCUGCUUUGCUUUCCUUCAUUUCGUUUCCCGCUUCUUGAGUGCGGUGUGUGCAACGUAUUUCUUUGUACAUAAUAUACGUGCUUGGAGAAGACAUGGCAGCAGCAGUUUCAGCAAUGUCAGUUCGAACAUUUUUCGCUGGUGCUUAUAUACCUUUUUUAUUCGUGGCCAAGGUGCGACACGCUUUUCAUACGCGAGUGUGCUUUUGCGACAAAGUUUGUCUUUGUUAUGACUACAUUUUUGUUUGAUGUGUAGCCGGUGUACAAAACCUUUUGAGUGACUUUUGCAGCAAGAACAAAUCAAAAAGCUAACGUGUGAGGAGUGACUCUUGGUGAAUGCUAUGAAUUGUCAUACGAUUACCAGAAACAUUCUAGCAUGAAGAACAAAACACCUAAAUAUAGACUACCACUGUUUGUGGGAGCAAACUACAUACAACACAGUGCACCAGUAUGACGGCUACGAUAAAGUGUGGAGUUCGCUCGAUUGUUUUUAUAUGUUGCUUCUCAGAGCUGCUUUCUACACUUGCUCAAUGUUUGUGAAAGUAAUUGAUGGCAAGUUAUAACACCGUUAUGUUUGUGAUAGUCUGUGACUAUAUUUCAGACCUUUCUUUUUGGUCCUAUUGUAUAAUCUUGAAGACCUCUCUCGCUCACCGCUUCUGUAGACUUAGCUAAAAAGGAUAUUACUACGAGGCUGGACUGUAUGAAUACUAGAUCAGUCCUGGCUUCUUGCAAUACUUUCUUUUUGUAGCUCAGAAAUGGAAUGUUUUGAAAUAAUUUCUUUCUAUUAAUUCUUUGAUCUUAUUUUUUCAGUUUGACAUACAGUACAGUUUGUUGAGGUUACUAUGAUGCUAUAAAGAGUGCACAUUUGUACAUAUAAGGCUGUUACGUAUGGCAAAUUCAACUAAUCAAAUAGUUUUAAUAGUGAGGAUACAGCUAGAGCAUCUAACACAAGCCAACUAAGACAGUGUCUUUCCUCAUGUAGUUAGAGACUCAGGCCAAAUAGGAUGCUUCUCAUGUAACAUAUAGCAUUCAUCUGCAUAGAUAAGUGUCAACUGAACUCCUGCAAGGCCUUGCACAUGGGCAGUUUAGUAUGUUGUUAGGAUGUGCUGAUGAGAAAUUCUUGCUUGCUGUGAUUUGCUACUGCUAAAUAUGUGUGAGGACAGAAAUGCAUUACUUUGCAAUGUUGAAAGAAACACAUGGUGAAUGUAAAUUAGGUGGCACUUAUUUGCAGGGCUGCUUGCUUUUCAGUAAACUUGAGACACUACUGCUACUUAAUUUGUUUUGGUGAAGAUAUGUAGUUCAUUGUAUAAGUGCAAUUUAAUAUUGCGAACUGAUUACUGAUCUACUUCUUGACAGACGACUGCAGUUAUGGCAAGGGUAGCGCAAAAUACAUUUGUUUGUUUCAUUUUUGUUAGCUUACGGUUCACAUCUAACCAGUGUGCAUGUCUAAAAAGAAAGACUUUUGCCUGUGCUAGAUCACUUCAGAUCGAAUCAUAUAAGAAUGUACUUUGCCAAACAUGAGUUUGAGUGAAUUGGUCGGUAUACAAAGCGCGAAAGUGUAUGGUGAUUUGCAGCAUUUUUUGUUAUGUGAAUUAUUUAAGCAGUGUCUGCAUUCACCUUAGUGCAAGGACAGGCGUUGUGCGAUGCAGGGAAGUUCAAAAUUCUGUCAGGACAGUCCACUUGUCCUUCCCUUGCAAAGCACGGUGAUGUGUUUAUGCUACUGGUCUUCACUUCAGCAUUAUUUGCUUGUUAUGAAUGCUUUAUUCACGCUGUUAUAUCAGUUAUUGUAGAAUUUAUACAGAAACUGGAGCUAACAAUUGUAAGAGCAUUCCGGUUUCAUCCAUAAAAUAACCUGAGCAUUUAUAACAAGAUCAGUACCGCGUCUUAUCGUCAGGCUACUAACCGCAGUUGUUAGAAAAACAAGAUAUUCGUAUUGGUUAUGCAGUUGUUUAUCUAUUACUUUGAGUUAGGUGUCCACAUGUGAUCCUACUUCGACUCAGCGUUGCAAGAAUGCGUGCAGGUGUUUUGCCCUUAUCCUAUCUCGGUUCUCUAUGAAAUGUCGAAGCAUUUGCAUGUUCCCCAGCAUUUAUCACUGACUACAUUCAGUACAGUGUCUGAAAAGUGCCAAGUAGGUAAAUCUUUUUUAUCAAAAUGACGUUCUGGAAGCAUGUGGCGUGCCCAAAAUGUAUGCCCUCAUAUAAUAUCCAGAAUUUCUAACAUCUCUGAUAGUAAAUUUUUUACGCGCAUCCGCAGUAUGUUCUCGCUUGUAGGAAGGUAGACGGUUUUUCGCUCGGAAUGAAAAUCGAUGGUUCAGGUGCUUUGGCCGUGCAAUGUUGCCGCUUAUUGAAUGUGCUAAGCAAGAGAUCGUUGCGAGCGUGAUAUUGAAAUGAUAUGAAAUAAGCAUUGGCCCAUGCGCGACGAUGUCGGUUGUUAUUCUGCCAAAAGGAACAGUGCAAUCACUUUUGAGUAGAACUGCUGCGUGUCUAACUUUACGCUACUCAUGCAUCGUUGAUUUUUGUUGCUGCUUUUUUUUUCUACUCGUGACAAUAAACUUGCCAUUCAAGAAC